UGAUUCAACUACAAAUACAAUUUUGUUCAUUCUCUUUCACACUAUAGUAGUAAACACAAAACCAAAACCUCACACACUCUUCUCUCUUUCUAUACCUCUUUCACCAUCACUGUACACUUCAUACUGAAAAAUCAUUCACGCAAAUGAACCUUCACCUUCACCUUCAGAUCUCGUGCUAAUUCAAUUCAAACAAAGAAAAUCCGAACAGUUUUUAAGAGUGGUUAAUGGAAUCAAGGAUAUGAAGUUUUACAUAUCAGCAAAGGGAAUAAAACGAGUAACAAUAUCAAACGGUAAGGGAUCGGGAAAGGAUACAACGACGACGGUGGGUGGAGGGAGUCCGACUGUUAGUGGUUCUUCCGGUCGCCGGAUUUCUCUCCGGACGGUGCUUCCGGUGGUGUUAGUGCUUGGGAUCUUGUUGCCGUUUGUUUUUGUUAGAGUUGCGAUCUUGGUUCUUGAAUCUGCUACUUUUUGCUCUUCAUUGGAAUGUGCUGGGUGGAGGUUUUUCAGUGGAGCUGACACGUCACUGAAACUCAGAGAUGAGCUAACCAGAGCGCUAAUGGAAGCAAAUGACGGUAAUAUUAAUGAUAAUGAAGGAGCAGUGUCAUUCAAUGAACUUGUGAAAGAGAUGGUCUUAAAACAAGACCUCAAAGCUUUUGCUUUCAAGACCAAAGCCAUGCUAUCACAGAUGGAACACAAGGUGCAAACAGCAAAACAGCAGGAGUCAGUUUAUUGGCAUCUAGCAUCCCACGGUGUUCCCCAUAGUUUACACUGUCUUUGUCUUAAGUUGGCUGAAGAAUAUGCUGUAAAUGCCAUGGCUCGAUCUCGCCUGCCUCCUCCUGAAUUUGCUUCUCGCCUUUCGGACCCUACUCUUCAUCACCUAGUUCUCCUAACUGAUAAUGUCCUUGCUGCCUCUGUCGUUGUAGCCUCCACGCUUGAAAAUUCAUUCAAUCCUGAAAAAUUAGUUUUUCAUAUCGUUACCGACAAAAAAACUUAUGCUUCAAUGCAUGCUUGGUUUGCCACCAAUUCUGUUGAAUCAGCUGUUGUUGAAGUUAAGGGAUUGCACCAAUAUGAUUGGUCUGAAGAAAUGAAUGCUGGUGUUAAAGAGAUGCUGGAAACUAAUCACUUAAUUUGGAAGCACUACUAUGAUAAAGAAAAGAACAUCGACUAUAGUAAUUUGAACGCUUUACGGCCUAGCAGCCUUUCUUUGAUGAACCAACUCCGCAUUUAUAUGCCUGAGCUUUUUCCAGAUCUCAAAAAGAUAGUAUUCUUAGAUGAUGAUGUUGUAGUACAACAUGACAUAUCUUCUUUGUGGGACGUAGAUCUUAAUGGCAAAGUCAGUGGUUCAGUAUUCAAGUCAUGGUGUGAAGACAACUGCUGCCCUGGAAGUAAAUACAUGAACUACUUGAACUUUUCACAUCCUCUCAUAUCAUCAAAUUUUGACGGUGAACGAUGUGGGUGGCUCUACGGCAUGAAUGUAUUAGAUCUUGAUGCUUGGCGAAGAACAAACAUAACGGAGACCUACCGGAAAUGGUUGAAACUUAACCUCAAGUCUGGGACAGCACUGUGGAAUCCAGGAGUGCUUCCACCUUCCUUGAUUGCAUUUGAUGGUCAAGUACAUCCUAUAGAUCCAACAAUGCUUGUGACUGAUUUAGGUUAUCGCUAUAAUUCCGAAGAAAUUAGCAAAGAGAGUCUAGAAGCUGCUUCUGUUAUCCAUUUCAGUGGCCCUGCAAAACCAUGGCUUGAAAUUGGUUUCGCAGAGUAUCGAAGUUUAUGGGGUAGAUAUGUAAACUUCUCUAAUAAGUUUAUACGGAGAUGUAGAAUUAUAGGGUAAAGGAACAAAGUUCAUCCACCUCAAAUAUUUAUUAAGAUUGCAUCAUUGAUACCGUGUUGGAUUAGAGGGAAGAAGCUUCUGCCUUCAGUCUCUGAUUCAUACGUUCUGUAUGAUAUCGAUUACAUUACACCAUGUUUAUAAUCAUAUAGAUAGUAAAUAGAUGAAGCUACCAAGCUGUAUCCUACUAGAACCAGUAUCUGCAGUUAAGAAAGGUACACGCAUCAUUGAUUUAGCUGUAUUACAAUACUGUAAAUUUGAUUUUGAAAUGGAGAAAUUGUUUCGAUAUUUCAACGAGACGGUUAUAAGACACUAGGUAACAGCUUACAGACAGCAUUAGAUUUCACCCUCUUAGUCUUGUAAGUACCUUUGUUGGAGCCAUCAAAUUUAGUUUGUGUAUCAUUGUUGCUUUACUUAGACUUGUUAUUUUGCUAUUUUGUGUUUGUGCUAAGAACACAUGAAAUAGUGAAAAAGUAACAUGUAUACAUAUGUAACUGAUGUAAAAUCAAAAGUGAUGUUCAAUUAUAUUUAUUUUGGAAAGUGAUCUCA